AGAAUCAUAUUAAUAGCAUAGUCCUCAGUCUCUCUUGUAAUCUCUAAUGGGGGAAUGGAUAGAGUAUCUUGAUUACAUCGACGAAACCCAACCCACCGAUUUCCUUUGGCCCAAUGACACUCCUUUCGGCGAUUUCGAAUUCUCCGCCGUCGAUGUUCCGGCUGCCGCCGCUUCCUCAGCCUCACUGUCACAGGAAAAAGAGUGCCCCCGCAAGAGGGGACGGACGGAUUCAUGCUCUGGAGGAUCAGGGGCAAAAGCUUGCCGUGAGAAAUUGAGGAGGGAGAGAUUGAAUGACAGGUUUGUGGAUUUGAGCGGUGUUUUGGAACCCGGGAGGCCGCCGAAGACGGACAAAGCUGCUAUACUUGAUGAUGCCAUAAGGGUUUUGAACCAGCUUAGAGCUGAAGCUCAGGAGCUCACAGAAACAAAUCAAAAGUUACUUGAAGAAGUUAAAAGUUUAAAGGCGGAGAAGAAUGAACUUCGUGAAGAAAAACUUGUCCUGAAAGCAGAUAAAGAACGGCUGGAACAGCAGUUGAAAGGUAUGUCAAUUUCACCUUCUGGGUUUGUUCCAACCCACCCAGCGGUACCAGCUGCAUAUCAUCCUGGGGCAAACAAGAUGGCUGUCUAUCCUAGCUAUAGUCUGGUCCCUAUGUGGCACUAUAUACCUCCAUUGGCCCGUGAUACAUCUCGUGAUCACGAACUUAGGCCCCCUGCUGCUUAGGUUUUAAAUAGAGUACUCGGACAAUUUAGAUGCCUUCAUUUACAUUUACUGACCUUUUUAUCCAUUGUUGACAAUAUGUCAGCGCUGUUUCAAUUGCCUGAUUUUAAUUUGGCUGGUGGCACUUGUGUGGCUGAAUUGUUAAAUGUAGCUUGAAGGCUCUCAUUUUCGGAAUAAAACGACUGGUAAAUGUCCAGUAUUUACCAUAUUCUGUUCUUA